AAGCAAAUAGGGCCGUGUGCGCAGCACUGCAAUCCGUGAUGCGAAUUCUCUUUGGAGACGCAUUCAGAUUUUGUUUGCCUGCCUCUCAUGUAUCCCAGGCUGGACUCGAAUUCACCAUGUAGCCAAGGAUGACCUUGAACUUCUGACCCUCUGGCCCCCAACCCCGAUCCCCUAAAUCCUGGGAUGGCAGGUACGCACUAUCACGCCUUGCUUACUGCUUCCAGUCUCUACUGCGAUGCUACCGGGCCUUGGGGAUGCAGUCUUUUGACUUCUCCGGCACGCCGUCUGGAGUGAGGCUCCCGCCCCUUCGCCGCGGACGUCCGCUGCCAUGGCGACGCUGCUGCUCCGGGCCCUGCACCCCCUCCGCAGGCUCCGCCGCGGUCACCGGCCUGCAGCCGCUGUGUCCCUGAGAGUCUGCAGCCAUGGCGCCCGCCUGCUGUACCCGGACCACAUCCCCACCUCCCCGCUGCAGAAGGUGCUGCUGGCCGCCGGUUCGGCGGGGAUGGCUCUCUACAACCCCUAUCGCCACGACAUGGUUGCAGUUCUAGGAGAGACCACAGGAUGCCACACCCUGAAGGCCCUGAGGGACCAGAUGAAGAGGGAUCCAGAAGGGGCCCAGAUCCUACAGGAGCGUCCCCGGAUCUCACGGUCCACCCUCGACCUAAGCAAGCUCCAGAGCCUGCCUGAAGGCUCCCUGGGCCGUGAGUAUCUCCGUUUCCUGGAUGUAAAUAGGGUCUCCCCAGAUACCCGAGCACCUACCCGCUUCGUGGAUGACGAGGAACUAGCCUACGUGAUCCAGCGGUACCGAGAGGUACAUGACAUGCUGCACACCCUGCUGGGGAUGCCCACCAACAUGCUGGGAGAGGUUGUGGUGAAAUGGUUUGAGGCUGUGCAGACUGGCCUACCCAUGUGUAUCCUGGGUGCACUCUUUGGACCCAUCCGCCUCCGUGCUCAGAGCCUACAAGUGCUGGUCUCCGAGCUGAUCCCAUGGGCAGUACAGAACGGGCACAGGGCCCCGUGUGUCCUCAACCUCUACUACGAGCGGCGUUGGGAGCAGCCCCUGGCAGCCCUGCGUGAGGAGUUGGGCAUCACACCGCCUCCAAAACACAUAUGGGGCCUGGCCUAGCCUGAGCUUCUCUGCACAGGAAAGGCCCAGCCUCCUUCCACGCCCUGCCUUCCUCAGGGCAGUGGGGCCUUUUCCACUGCCCUUGUUUCUUCUUUUUGAACCUUGAACUCAGGGUGUCAUUUACUGUAACUGUCAUAACCACUGCUGUCAUGUGCCUCUAGCACCAGCCCAAGAGAGAGCAGGCAGGGCAGUCGGGCCCCCAGGGUGCUGCAAGCUGCCUACGGAGAGCUACAUGUGUGCAGAGAUCAGCCAUCUAAGAUUAUUUUGGAAUGCCCAGGUCUAAGCACCUCUCUGGACACCCACACCCACCCUGCCAGUCAGGGUGUUCUUUGAGGAAGGCUCUGUGUUGUUGAAGGGACUAUAUCCCUUUCCAGCCCUGAGAAGAGAGGUGAGGAGGAGGCCCCUGUGCUGUCUGAAUAAAGGCUCUCAUCAGGAUGA